AUGGCUGCGGGGGGAGGUGGAGGCGCAGGAGGGGGACGACAGGGCUGCCGACUGAAGUUCUCGAGGGAAGCUGUCCUGGCGACAUUGGAGGGCCAAACCAAGGAGGUGCAGUUGUGGGAGCAGCUGGAGGUGGGGUACGCCCUCCGCAAUCUGCCCCGUAUCUUCUGCCCCCACGCCGCCUGCUCCUGCCCCCUGCUACUGCCGGCAACGGGAGAGCAGCCGCUACCCUCCAACCAGCCCAGCACCUGCCCCGCCUGCGGCAAGGGCUUCUGCCCUCGUUGCCGCAUUCCCGGAUGGCACAAGGGCUACAGCUGCGCCCAGUACCAGGCGCUGCCGCCCGAGGAGCGCAACCCCGACACCGCAGCCGUACUGCGCCUCAGUGCGGCUCGCAGCUGGCAGCGCUGCCCCCAGUGCCGCUCCCUGGUGGAGAGGGCCGGUGGCUGCAACUACAUCCGCUGCCGCUGCGGCCGCCAGUUCUGCUACCAGUGCGGACUGCCGUACCUGAGCUCCAAGCCCAGCCCCACCAACCUCCACGGCACACAGGCGUGCAGGUGCCCGCUGUGGCACGGCUGA